GUUUAGUUUACCAAAAUUACUCCGAGCGUGUGGUCGAUUGAAAUUCUUAAUAAUUUUUUAAAAGAAUAUGGAUAUCAAGUGCAUCCUCUUUGAUUUGGACAACACUCUGAUCGAGACUCGGAAAGCUGACGCGCAUACAUGCGAAAAGAUUGCGCAAGAGCUAGCGAGCAGGUUCAAUGUCCAGUUAAACGACGCCUCAGAAAUGUCGACGAAGUUCUUGCUUAAUUUCCGGAAAUGUCCGGAGAAUACGCGCAUGACUUUAGAGGAAUGGAGGAGCUAUUUGUGGAGGCAGGCGUUGGGAUCGAAGUUUCGACAGUAUGCAGAUACCAUUUAUAAGCUUUGGCUACACCAGAGAUACGAGAACUUGGCGUUAACUCCAGAAAUCAUCAACCUCCUAGAGACUCUGCGCAAGAAGUACCAAAUUGCGCUCAUUACCAAUGGGACUUCGGCGGCGCAGUGGGAGAAAAUCGACAAACUGGACAUCAGGGAAUAUUUCGAUUUAAUACUUGUAUCAGGUGACCUUCCCUACGAAAAACCCGAUAAAAACAUCUUUUUCCAAGCCUGUGAGUACCUGAAUGUCCACCCAAAGGACUGCCUAAUGGUGGGGGAUAAACUAGAAACCGACAUCCAAGGAGGGCUAGAAGCUGGAUUAGCUGGAACAGUCUGGAUUCCGUUGACUUCUGGUUAUAAUUUGGUCAAAAGUGAUCCUCAACCCGAUUAUAUAAUCAAACACGUAAAGGAGUUGAAGAAAGUGCUGAAUGGUAAUGAAGAUUCUAGAUGGUUCUUCGAUCAGAAGCCGAAGAAUUUAAAGCAGUUUUCCAGGGUAUUUUAUCUGGAAGAGGACUCGAACUCGAACGCUAGCGAUGGUAGCUAGCAUGUAGCUGUGGUGCUGGAGGUCAGAAUCUUUGUUUUAGUUGCAGUAUUUUGGUGCAUCAUAAGUACAAAUCUAGUUCAAAUAGGUUAUAAUCGUAAAAAAGAGGAUUUUAUAUGUAAAAAUACAAUUCUAUUUUUAA